CAGAGAUCCGCAAAGUUCGGCAAGGUCGAAGGCACUCGAAAAAGAGUGCGGGAAAGCAAUCCCCUCCGUCCGCCGGAUGAGGGGUUCUUGGGAGACGCGGUCCGGCCGCGGGGUGGCCAUCGGCCUGGCCGCCUUCGAAACGAAGAGGUUGAUCCUCCUGGCCUUCGAGGUGCUCGUCGAGGGCCGGAUGAUCCGCUUUGCGGGGGGCCUGCGGCCGGUGGCUCUGAGUGUCGCGGCCUCCUUCGUCGGCCUGCCCUGCGCCCUGAUCGCGGCUUGGUCUAUCGGCGACGACUCGAUCUGCGGAAGCCGAGGUCGACGACGGCGUCAGCGGCUUCUCCAAGGAACGGCAGCCUCGGCCCUGGUCUGCGCCGCGCUCAACUCGGCGACCCUGAGCUGCAUCGGGUACGCCCAGGCGAACGCGCGUCCGCGCGCCCUCGCCGAAGCCUUCGACGCCUCCAUGCGACUUUACCUCGUCGAGGCCUCUCGCAAGCGCUUCGUCGACGAGCUCCAACUUUCGCUGCAGUGUUGCGGCUGCUACUCGUACGUCGAGUGGUUCCUCUUCGAUUGGCAGAGGGCGGACUACGGGCCGCGCGAGGAGAUCUCGCCCCAGCGGAGGAUCUCGGACGAGUCGGCCCGACCGCGAGGGGUUCCCUUCAGCUGUUGCAGUCUGGCCAGCACGAGGCCCUGCGCGCCCUGGGCCAUGUCGCGGGCGGACCUGGGAACGAUCAGUCGCGACGGGUGCGUCUCGCCCCUCGGCCGAGCCCUCCGACGGCGUCUGGCGGUCGCCUACGUCGUCACCGCCGUCGCGCUCCUCGCGCACCUCCAGCUGGCCUUCCUCGCAGCGAGGAUGGCGAGCGGAACUCGACGGGGACGGCGCUGCGGGAGGCUCGAGGUCGAGCAGCAAGGCCCCUCGACGGGGGGUGGGGCGGCUCGAAUCGAGCCCAGCGCCCAUUCUGAGCAUCGGCUCCCGAAUAGGAGAGCCCGAGCCGAGGCAGGCCCAUGA